AGCGGCAGUCGGCGCCGAGGUGCGGAGGGGUGCGCGGAGCUCCUCUUGGCCGUAGCCGCGGGCCGCUGCCGGUGCCGCGCCGCCGCUCUUCCUCCCUCCCUUAUGGAAGAGAUGGAAGAAGAGCUGAAAUGCCCGGUGUGCGGUUCCUUUUACCGGGAGCCUAUCAUCCUGCCUUGCUCACACAACCUGUGCCAAGCGUGCGCCCGCAACAUCCUGGUGCAGACACCGGAGUCGGAGUCACCGCAGAGCCGCCGCGCCUCCGGCUCGGCGGUAUCCGACUAUGACUACCUGGACCUGGAUAAGAUGAGCCUGUACAGCGAAGCGGACAGCGGCUACGGUUCCUACGGAGGCUUCGCCAGCGCUCCCACCACCCCUUGCCAAAAAUCCCCUAACGGCGUCCGCGUCUUCCCGCCGGCCGCCCCGCCGCCCCCCGCUUCCCUGGCCCCUCCGCCUCCUCCCCGCAACGCUUGUCUGACCUGUCCGCAGUGUCACCGCAGCCUGGUGCUGGACGAGCGCGGGUUGCGGGGUUUCCCUCGCAAUCGGUUGCUGGAAGGUGUCAUCGAUCGCUAUCAGCAAGGCAGGGCGGCGGCUCUGCGCUGCCAGCUCUGCGAGAAGGCUCCUAAGGAGGCGGCCGUCAUGUGCGAGCAGUGCGAUGUCUUCUACUGCGAUCCCUGUCGCCUGCGGUGUCACCCGCCCAGGGGACCGCUGGCCAAGCAUCGCCUGGUCCCGCCGGCCCAGGGUCGGGUUAGCCGUCGCCUCAGCCCCCGCAAGAUCUCCACCUGCACUGACCAUGAGCUGGAGAACCACAGCAUGUACUGUGUGCAGUGCAAGAGCCCUGUCUGCUACCAGUGCCUGGAGGAGGGCAAGCACUCCAGCCAUGAGGUCAAGGCCCUGGGUGCCAUGUGGAAGCUCCAUAAGAGCCAGCUUUCCCAGGCCCUGAACGGGUUGUCAGACAGAGCCAAGGAAGCAAAAGAGUUCCUGGUCCAACUCCGCAACAUGGUGCAGCAAAUCCAGGAGAACAGUGUGGAGUUCGAGGCCUGCCUUGUAGCCCAGUGUGAUGCCCUCAUUGAUGCCCUCAACAGAAGGAAAGCCCAGCUGCUGUCUCGGGUCAACAAGGAGCACGAGCACAAGCUGAAGGUGGUGCGGGACCAGAUCUCCCACUGCACGGUCAAGCUGCGCCAGACCACAGGCCUGAUGGAGUAUUGCCUGGAAGUCAUCAAGGAGAACGACCCCAGCGGCUUCCUGCAGAUCUCAGAUGCUCUCAUCAGAAGAGUUCACCUAACUGAGGACCAGUGGGGAAAGGGGACACUCACACCCCGGAUGACCACGGACUUCGACCUGAACCUUGACAAUGCCCCUCUGCUGCAGUCCAUCCAUCAGCUCGACUUCGUGCAGAUGAAAGUUUCCUCCCCAGUGCCGGCCCCCCCGAUCCUGCAGCUCGAGGAGUGUUGCACCCACAACAACAGUGCCACCUUGUCCUGGAAGCAGCCUCCCUUGUCUACAGUGCAAGUGGAAGGUUACAUCUUGGAGCUCGAUGAUGGCAACGGCGGCCAGUUCAGGGAGGUGUAUGUGGGCAAGGAGACCAUGUGCACGGUGGAUGGGCUUCACUUCAACAGCACCUACAGCGCACGUGUCAAAGCCUUCAACAAAUCAGGAGUCAGCCCCUACAGCAAGACCCUGGUCCUCCAGACAUCUGAGGACACGCAGUCAGAAGAACAGACCCUCCCUUUUCCAGUGCCUUUGGAAAGAUCGCAGCUUCGUAGAAUGAGUCCUUUCUCCUCCACCCUUAAUCUACAACCCAGCUUCCCGGGGAGAUCCUACUUUGAGCUAAGAUCUUCGGCCCACCAGCUGAGCUUGCAUUCUUCUUUACAGUCCCUCAAUUCAGCCGGAUGCAAUUUUGAGACACAAGGAACGCCUUACUCCCAACUAGUUGACAUUAAAAAAAUGGUGGCAGUGGCUUGGUUUUCUUUCGAUCCUGCCUCUGCCCACGCCGACAUCAUCUUUUCUAAUGACAACCUGACUGUCACCUGCAACAGCUACGAUGACAGGGUCGUGCUGGGGAAAACAGGCUUUUCCAAGGGGCUCCAUUACUGGGAGCUCUCCAUCGAUCGCUACGACAACCACCCGGACCCGGCCUUCGGCGUGGCGCGCAUCGAUGUCCUGAAGGACGCCAUGCUGGGCAAGGAUGACAAAGCCUGGGCCAUGUAUGUGGACAAUAACCGCAGCUGGUUCAUGCACAACAACUCACACACCAACAGGACCGAGGGUGGGAUAACAAAAGGUGCCACCGUGGGAGUGCUGCUGGAUUUGACCAGAAGGACUUUAACAUUCUCCAUCAACGAGGACCAGCAGGGGCCUGUUGCCUUUGAGAACCUGGAGGGCCUCUUCUUCCCUGCAGUCAGCCUGAACAGGAACGUGCAGGUGACACUGCACACCGGCCUGCCGGUCCCCGAGUUCUACACUUCGCGCUCGGCCAUGCCAUGAGGCUGCUCCCGGAGCCGGCUGCCUCUUCUCGGGCUGAGAGGAGCCAGCCUGUUCCCUGCUGUGGGACCAGACCAGCCGCCGAGCCACCGGCUGCCUGCUCAGCCACCAGCCAGAGAUGGAGAGGCAAAGCAGGAAGGAAGAACCUGGCUUUUGGCCGUCUCUUGAUCUAUCUCCACCCUCCUGCGCUGUCCUGUGUGUGUGUGCUUCGCUGUUUAGCUCUUUUUGGCUGAUGAAGUACCUAGGUAGCCUGAGAUGUUCCUCUGUGUCUGCUUUUAGGUUUGGUUUUAUUGAUUUAAGGUGGGGUUUUGAGGGGUGGGAAGGGGUAGGGGGGGAAAUUUUGUCUUGGUGGGGCUGGCUGGAGGGACCCCCACCAGGGGAAAGCUUUCACCCAACCCAGCCUCGCUACUUUGCAGGAUCUCCCUGAAGGUGUUCAAGGCCAGGCUGGAUGAGGCCUUGAGUAACCUGCUCUAGUGGAAGGUGUCCCUGCCUGUGGCAGGGGCUUAGAACUAGAUGAUCUUUAAGGUCUCUUCCAACCCAAACCAUCCUUUGAAUCUCUGAGUCUUUCUUUCCCCGCCAUGGCCUUUCUGGCAGAGCACCCUUGGUUACGUGUAGAGGUGGGUCCUGGAUUACCACUCAGUCUCACAUCCUUCCCAAAACACUCAGCUCUGUCCCUUGUCCCCCUCAAGGUGUUUCUAUGGGGCACAUCGGUGGAGUCUGGAGGUGGCCACCCUGUCUUUUGGGUGCUGCAGGUGCUGCUGAGCCCUCACCUUGCUCCGGUGCUGAGUACCCACACAGUGCCCACCCCAGUCUGGCCACAGCCUGGCACCAGCAGGCGUGCCACAGCCAUAGGCCGAGAGCCGUCGGGCGGGCGGCGCCUCGGAGAGUAGCUUUUAUUUUUGUAGAGUUGCCGUACAAAGCCAAGCCUUAACCACUGCCAGCAGCCUCUCCGGUGCCCGAGAGGCCAGCCUGCAGCCAGGGGCUGGCAGGAAGGCAGGGUGGGCACGGGGAUGGGGAUGGGGAGGAGGAAGAGCUGGUCACAGCCCUGCCGUGCACUCAGGAUGAGAAUGGGAGUGGGGGUGAAGGUGAGAAUGGAGAUGAGAAUGGGGAUGGAGGUGAGAGUGAGGAUGAGGUGGGAAUGGAAAAGGAGGUGGGAGUGGGGAAGAAGAGGAGACAGUCACAGCCCUGCCAUACACUCAGGAUGAGGAUGGGGAUGGGGUUGGAGAUGGGGAUGGGGUUGGAAGUGAGGAUGAGGAUGGGGAUGGAUGGAGGUGAGAAUGAAAAUGGAAAUGAGGAUGAGAUAGGGGUUGGAGGUGAGAAUGAGGAUAGGGAUGGGAUGGGAUGGGAUGGGGUGGGAUGGGAUGGGGAUGAGGAGGAAGAAGAGCUGAUCACAGCCCUGCCACACGCUCAGGAUGGGAACAAGGAAGAAGAUAAGGAUGGGAAUGGAGAUGAGGUGGAGGAAGAGGUGGACAUAGCCUUUCCACACACUCAGGAUAAGGAUGGGAAUCAGGUUAGAGAUGAGGAUAAUAAUGGGGGAUUAGGAUAGGAAUGAGGAGGAUGAGGAUAAGGAUAAGGAUAAGGAUAAGGAUGGGGAUGGGGAUGGGGAUAAAGGUGUGCAUGAGAAUGAGGAAGAAGAGCUGGCCAUAGCCCAGCCAUGCAGUCAGGAUAAGAAUGGGGAUGGGUAGGGGGAUGGAGUUGAGAAUGGAGAUGAGGAUGGGGAUUGGUGUGAAGAUGAGGAUGGAUGUGAUGAUGAGGAUGGGCAUGGAGAGGACAAAGGGCUGCAGGCCACAGCCCUGCCAUAAGCUCAAGAUGAGGAUGUGGGAUGGGUUUUGAGAUGAGGGUGAGGAUGAGAAUGGGGAUGGGGGGAUGGGGAUGAGAGUGGGGACUGGGAUGGGGAUGGGGAUGGGAAGGAAGAAGAGCUGGCCACAGCCCUGCCAUGCACUCAGGAAUCCGUGCCAGCUGCCCUGUCUGCUGCUGGCAGCAGUUCCCCCUCAGCCUCCAUUCCCUAGCCCAGCCAUCCCGGUAAUCCAGAGGCAGGAGAAGAGGAGUGGGAGGCGAUGGGCACCAUGCAUGGUGCCAGCCCCCAUUCCCACACCCAGGGGUGCCUGCAUGCGCAUGUCCCCACGCUUCACUUUGCGGUCCCUCGCCGUUCCCCCUGCACAGCUGGCAAGGCUGGGGGUAGGCAGUGGCAGCAGCACAGCUGGGUGGGUGCCAAAGGCACCCAGCUUGGCCAGAGAGCUGCAGUUCAUCUAUCUGGGAUGCUACAGGUCCAGCAGAAGGACAAGUGUACAUAGACCAUUCCCUUCCAGCGUGCCCUCCUCUAGGACACUCCCCUUUGGCCCCUUGUUGCUCUUAGUAUUAAGUUUACCUAAUUUAUUGGAUGGGUGCUAUCUUGUCGACUUCCACCAAGGACUUUCUUCUCCCAGCUGCAGGAGAGCCACGUUGCGGGACAAUGCUGAGCAGCUCCUCGGUGAAUCCUUGAGGAGCCCCCAUGGCUGGCCCACCUGGGGCUCCUCUUUCAGCUGUUACUCCCCUUCCCUCAAAUUUAGGAUGUUCAUGGUGCUUAUUAGAUUCCCAGUGAUUGUAAGACGUCGUCCCCCCAGCCCGUACCGCGAUGGUAGCUGCCUACAGCCGCUGUACUGAAGAGAAGUGUCAUGUUUGCUGUUCUAAUAAAGGACUUUUAUGAGAGAA